GCUGGGGAGUCUUGUAACAAAAUCAGAUUAACAAUAGUUUAUAAACCGAUUAGGUACACAAAUCAAAAAUGAAAUAGGCUGGAAACAACGAGAGCACAUAAUCUUGCACAAUGAUUGACGCGGCGUCUGCCGAGCUGGCCAGCCACAAAUUGAAUGCACAAUUUGAUGACAAUCUGAAACUGGCGCACGAAGAGGAUAAAAUAAACCAUGUCAAUGGGAAAGAGGCGCCAAAACCGACACCACCUCUAUCAGACGUACCCGCCGAACUGCAGACUUCGUACCGAAGCCUGUUUGUUGCUUGCCAGGAACACGCCGCAUUCUUUGCCAAAGAUCACACUGAAUUUGGCCAACGCUUGCAUGCCGCCCACAUUGCCUGGCAGGACUUUAUAGUGCUUGCCAAUCGACUCGUCCUGCAAAUCGAGGUCUUUGCCCAUGAGUACGACUUUGAUGAACAGACACCAGGGAAUGGGUAUCGCAGCUUCGUGUACGUAACCAAUGCAUGCAUUUCACAUGGCAUCAACAUAUGCAAGCAACUGCUCGCCACACGCAACACUAUGUUUUUCCGGAAGAAGGUCUACAUGAAGGAAGUAGAGGCCUGCUCGCAGCUGCUUUCCUCGAUAUGUACUUGCCUGCAGUAUCUCCUCAUACUGCGGCAAUGGUCGGCCAAUACAGGAGAUCUGUUUGCUUGCGGCAGCCACACUGCGGAGCAGCUCUUCGAGUUGGGCGACACCAUCAAUCAGUAUUGUUUCUAUGGACGUUGCUUGGGAUUCCAGUACGGCGACUCCAUACGUGGUAUUCUACGCUUCCUGGGCAUCAGCAUGGCCAGCUACUCCGAGUCCUAUUACUCACGGGCGGAUGAUGGGACUAUUGUGAAAACCACGCGCAGUCUUUGGACCAGUGGCAAGUACCUGAUGAACCCAGAGCUACGAGCCCGGCGUAUUGUCAACAUCUCGCAGAAUGCAAAAAUUGACUUUUGCAAGUCCUUCUGGUUUCUGGCCGAGUCGGAGCUAAUGCACAAAUUGCCCAGCAUCGUGGGCACCUCCAUUAAGGUGAAUCGGCUAAUCGAGCUGCCGGCGGAGCCGUUUCAAUUACCGCGACGAAAGAACUUUAAGGCGAGUGAGCAGCAGCAGCAAAACAGCAGCGAUGUAAACCAAAACCAAGGCAACGAUGAGGAUGCCAUUCAAUUUGUGGACAUACCAGUUCCCAGUGCUCAUCUGGGACCGGGUCUGCCCAUUUCAGUACGGCUGCUCAGCGCCAAGCGACGCUCUGGAAUGCUAGGCGAAGGACGCUAUCGCGGUUGGCACAAGCCCACUCCACCCAGUCGUUCAAUAUUGUUUCACUGCCAUGGUGGUGGCUUCGUGGCCCAAUCAUCAAAAUCUCACGAGCUCUAUCUUCGCGAUUGGGCUGUAGCUCUGGACUGCCCCAUACUUUCGGUGGACUACAGUCUAGCACCGGAAGCUCCCUUUCCGCGAGCCCUUCAGGAAGUAUUUUAUGCGUACUGUUGGCUCUUGAAGAAUGCCGAGCACCUGGGAACGACAGCUGAGCGAAUUGUGUGUGCUGGUGACUCCGCUGGUGCGAAUCUCUCCAUCGGAGUGGCUCUCAAAUGCAUUGAGCAGGGUGUGCGUAUCCCGGAUGGAUUGUUUCUGGCCUACUGUCCGACUCUCGUCAGUUUUGUGCCGAGUCCAGCACGUUUGCUGUGCCUCAUGGAUCCCUUGCUACCUUUUGGCUUCAUGAUGCGGUGUCUGCGUGCCUAUGCCGCCCCCGCCAAGGAAACUUUGCAGCUGAAUGCUAAGCAUGUGGAGGAGGCGGCCCAAAUACGCAAUGCUCCAAAAUCAUCCCUGGGAAGUGCAACUUCCAGUCGGCGUACUUCAUUGGCCAGAAGUACACUAACAUCUCUGGAAGCAAACCCCGAUGAAGAUGACGAGAGCAGUGAUACUUUUGCCAGUGCCUCGGCAUCGUACCACAGCCAGGCCGUGGAACGAACCGAUUUGCCGAACAGCGAGGGUGAUAACAGCUCGUGCGUGUCUUUCGAAGACGAUUCGCAGCCCAUUGUCCAUUACCCUGUUGAGAUUUCAGCAGACCCUCCCAAGGAUCUCGAAUCCGCAGCUUAUAUUGAUCAGUUUUUGGAUAAAUAUCUCAUUGACACGGCCACCAUGGAGGCGACCGAGGAGACAACUCUUCCAGCACCACAAGUGAAGUCCAAUGGCCUUGGCAAGAUUAUUUCUGACGAAAACAUACUGGUAGAGACAGGACGUGACCUCAUUGCGAUAGAUACGCUGCAGGGUCGGUGGCAAGAAGCCGUCAACAAUAUAACCAACACCCUGUCGCGCUGCACAAAAUCUUACGAAAUUCAUGGCAGCAGUGCUCUUAGCCCACAGGAUGUUCGCAAUAUGGACGCAUUGAUAGCCCGCAGUCCCAGCGAAGAGUUUGCCUUCGACGUGCCUAAGGAUCCGUUUUUAUCGCCCUAUUGGGCUACCGACGACUGGCUAUCCCAACUGCCAGAGACAAAGAUUCUCACCCUGAACAUGGAUCCCUGUCUUGAUGACUGCGUCAUGUUUGCUAAAAAGCUUAAACGGCUGGGACGCCAAGUAAACUUGGAAAUACUGGAGGGUCUCCCACAUGGAUUUCUAAAUUUUACUAUGCUAUCAAAUGAGGCUAUGGAUGGGUCCAAGCACUGCAUCAAAUUAUUGCAGGCACUACUCAAGGUAACAUAAAAACCCAGAUAUUGUGACAAGAACAGAACAGCUGACAGUGAGGAUUCCACCACUCCAGCCAUAGAGCAAUUUCUAUAGAUUCAUAAGUUGAAUAUAAUCCACUUGAUCCAGUGAGGUGGAUAUUCGCACGUAAAGGUUAUUCGGUCGAUCUCCACCAGUGGAUCUUUCCAACCAAUUACAUCUGUUGGAGGAAAGUACAAGAUAUUCUUUGCUAUACGCACUUUACUUGCUUUAUGUUUUAUUUCUGCAAUCUCAAGCGUUUUUUAUACACUUUUUAUACGGUUUGACACAGAUUUUUGUUAUUUUUUAUACAUAUACAAAUAUAGAUACGUAGGUUAAGGCUUUUAGGAUAAGCAAGCCAAUUAUUCAAGUAUUGGAAGCAUGUAAACAUGCAAUAUUUAUUACAUAUAUGUAUGUACAAUGUACAAAAUAUGUUCCAGGCACAAACUCGCUAAGAGUCAUUUAAUGUAAAGCGUGCCGAAUAUGUGCCUGAUACGAUGCAUAUAAAUGUAUAAGCAAUGCAUUCACAUCCCCGAAUAGUUUGUGCAUGCAUACACUAUAUACACUACUCUACUCUAUGGAGGCUAGCACGUUAUACUUACAUAUAUUUCUAAAAUGCUGGAGAUAUGCUUAGUUUUCUUUGCCUAUCCCCCGGGAAAUCUUACAAAUCUAUCUUUGACUUUAAAUACGUUUGUAAUCUCUGUCUAAACAAUACCCCAGUGCAGCGUUAUAUAUGUAUGCGAAUA